AUGUCAGAAGAGACCCCGCUGCACUCUGUGAACCAGCUCAUCCACAGUGGAGAAUACUGGUGUGAACUGGGAGGAGGAAAGAAAACCAACACUGUCAACAUCACUGUCACUGCUGGUUCUGUGAUCCUGGAGAGUCCUGUCCUUCCUGUGAUGGAGGGAAAAGCUGUGACUCUGAGCUGCAGAAACAAGACGACUUCCUCCAACCUCACAGCUGAUUUCUAUAAAGAUGGCCACUUCAUGGAGAGCAGCUCUACAGGAGACGUUACCAUCCCCAGUGUUUCAAAGUCUGAUGAAGGACUCUACAAGUGCAGAAUCUCUGAUGUUGGAGAAUCACCAGAGAGCUGGUUGGCUGUCAGAGAAGCUCAUGAGGAGCCUAUCUCUUCUCCUGCCCCUGACCCUUACCCUCAUCUUCAUCAUGGCCCUCAGCUCUACCUGCUGCUCUGCACUGACCUCGCUGUUAAAGUAUUUUUGAUUCUGAUUCUGAUUUCUUGGUGGCUCUACUGGCGUUGGUCGGACUAG